AUGGAGAGCAUUGUCUCCACGCCAUCCUCGUGGUGCCUUAGUCCUUCGCACCACCCGGACCCCAACACGCCAAGUCCAGGCAUUGUCUCUGGGGAAAGCGAUCAUAUAAUGGAUCCCCCCUUUCGCAGCAGGAAGCGUCCCUUGGACGAGAUCAAUGAGUCGCAGGAAGGCGUUAGCGUCGCGCCGAACGAUCUCACCAAGCGCAUUAGGAAGGGUGGAUCCAACUUGGCGUGCCCUUUUAGAAAACGGAACCCAAGGAAGUUCAACUUUAGAGACCGCCCAGCUUGCACAAGUGGCUGUUUCGACAGCUUGCCUCUCUUGAAGAGACACAUUGAAACUCACCAUGGAACCUUUGGGCGAUCCCGCUACACGUGCGAUCGCUGCCACGCUUCCUUCGCAACAAGUAUCGACCGCGCGGAGCACUCGCGACGAGACCCACCAUGUGCUUGUCAAGAAGCGCCUACAUCGGCUCCCCCGGAUCCCGAGGACGGCAUCACGGAGAGAGCGUUGAAUGUGAUGAUGAGCCGAAGUCCAGGAAAUAGGGUGAGCAGCUGGGGAGACCUUUGGAACCUGCUCUUCCCUGGAGAUUCCACGGUACCUUCGUCCGGUAAGGCAACACUUCGUUGUGGUAUUCUGCUGAGAUUCCGUGCCCACACGUGGCAAGACUGA